UGAAUAGUGAGAUCGUUUUUCUCAUUGAUUGACGUCCGAGUUCAUUUCCUCCUCUGCUGUAAGUUAGGGAGACGUCAACGCUCCUAGUAGUGGACUUCUUUCUGGAUGAUUGAGCAUCUUGCCAUGUCACGAGUCUGCUGGCGCGAACAUAUCAUACGUCCAGUUCACCGGUAUGUUCAGGUUAAGUAUCCUUCAUCUCGCUGAGCUGUUACAGCUCAUGAGCUGUUCCAUUUCCGGUGGACGAAGUUGACUUUAUGUUGGUGCCGUUUUCGCUCUGUAGUGUUCAAGCCCAGAUACCAUCCAACAUUCAGACACCUCUUCUGAUUUUCGCACGACCAACCAAUGAAAGCAGAUGCAGAUAAAAAUUCCGUUCGUAACUUGCAGCCCUUUUCUACGACAGUUGUACGUUCAGUGGCUGUGGGUGGUGAAGGAAAUGAACAAUGUGUUUGUAAGUCUCUGCGCCUCGAAAGCCAUCGAAUCGUGGCGAAUUUUGAUGUUUAUGUCUCAGCGGUCGGAUCCAUAACAUCCGUAAGCGAAAUCGCUGCCUGGAGACUUCUCUUUCAUUUGCAUGUCGUCUACUUCAUCUGCUCGUUUGUCAGUGUCCGGAGAGGACGAUCCUGAUGUUAGACAUGUGUCACUCAUGACCAUUGCUGAGGUCAAGUGUACAGUAUUCGAUUCCAUUGAAACUGACCGAAACCUCGUUUUCGUCGCGUGGGGUUAGGAGAUGAAACAGUCUUUCAGUUCAAGUUAAGGUUUCUAAGAACGAGGAUCUGAUGUAAAGUGAAGUCUUGGUAUAAUCCUCAAAGGCUAUAAGCAGCGCCCUCUCAAAUGUUCCAAUUAGUGGCAUGUUAGGUAGAGAUGCCAUGAUUGGGUUUGCCUUGACAAGAGCAAUGGGUGACUGUUACACAAUCAUACAAUGUUUUAAAGUAAGUGCUUGAUGC